AUGGCAACGACUCUCGUCUUUCCAGGCUUGCAGGCCAGGCAAGAAGCUGAGCCUGAUCCGGCAGAUAUCGACUUUUCGUCGAACAGCCCUCGCAUUCUCGCCAUCGUUGGGACAUUAACAGGGCUCGCUGCGCUGCUUGUCACACUACGAUGCUACGUCCGGAUAUUCAUCCUGCGCCGGUUCUACGUCGAGGACUGGAUUAUGGUCGUGGCCGCGAUGUGCUCCUUCGGCGUCCUCGCAUGUUUCGUCGGCGAAAGUCACCACGGCCUGGGCCAGUUCAAUGCCGCCAUCGCAGCCAACAAUGAUAACGAGAUGCUGAGCAAGUGGUUCUGGCCGCAUGCGAUCGUUCUGGUGUUGGGGAUUAGCCUUGUCAAGAUAUCGAUCGGGUUCUUUUUGCUGCGCUUCACGACGCAGAAGAAACUUUUGAAGCCGUUCAUUAUGGGAUCUCUCGUGUUUCUUGUAUUGUUUACGAUUGCCUGCAUGUUGACCCUCAUCCUGCAGUGCAUUCCAAUCGACGCUGCGUGGGAUUUCAAAAAGCGCCUGGCCAAGGGGACCAAGUGCUACUCUAGUGAAACGUAUCUGAAGAUUGGAAAGUUCAACAGCGGUAUGUCAGACUUGUUACUGAUAUCUGUAGCUAUCAAUAUCGUCACGGACUUUAUCUACGCCACGUUGCCCGUAUUCAUGUUCUACGAUAUCCAGGUCAACCGGCGGACUAAGGCUUCGCUUAUGGGCAUUCUCAGUCUGGGUUAUUUUGCCUGCGCCGCGGCGAUCACCAAGGCUGUUCUCCAGGGCAGAGUAUACGAGGAGAAGAACAUGUACCGCAACGCCGACUACCACAUCUGGAACUCAGUCGAGCUCAACGUCGGCAUAAUCGCGGCCUGCUUCCCAACAAUCAAGCCCCUAGUCAAGAGCAUAAUCGGGAGCACAAGAGGUCUAACAGGGUACUACGGAUCCCGCACACGCACACGCAAACGCACGGGCGAUGCCUACUACGGCCCCAACAGCAACGUGCACCACAACAGCCACGCCCUAGCCUCGCUGCAGCGCAGCCGGCUCGAUCCCGAGGAGCAGAAAUACCACGUCCACAUUCACGGGAACCAGCCGUCGCUGUCGGAGGGGUCGGAGGAGGGGAGUCAGGAGAAUCUUGCGAGUGGGGCGAGGGUGUUGUCCCGGCAGGGAAUGCAUCCGGUGGGGAGGAUUAUACAGACGACGGAGGUUAUUGUGCAGAGUGAGGAUGGGAGUGAGCAUGGGGUUAUGGCGAUGGGGCCGAGGAGGACGGUGGAGGAUCGGAUAUAA